AUGGCUGAUGCUGGUUUUGCAGCGAUGAUAGCCCUCCGGGUGAUAGAAGGAAUCGGCGAAGGAGUAACUUUUCCCGCCGCCGCAAGUUUUUGGGGAAAAUGGGCUCCACCAAAUGAGCGCGCUCGACUUGCUGGUUUUUCAUUUUCUGGUGCUCAGUUUGGUACGAUCAUUUCGAUGCCGCUCUCUGGCUGGCUUUGUCAGACGGUGGGCUGGUCGGCGAUGUUUUAUAUUUUUGGGUCGAUCAGUUUGGUUUGGGUGGCGCUUUGGUUCUGGUUUGCUGCGAAUUCACCGGAAGAGAGUAAGACUAUUGAUCCAAGAGAGCGAGAAUUUAUUGUCUCACAGAUUCCGCCACCGAAAGAAAAUCAUUCUGUUCCCUGGAAAAAUAUCUUCUGCUCACUCCCUUUUUGGGGAAUCUUAAUGACGCACACUUGCUACAACUGGACUUUCUACGCCUUUUUGACCUGUCUUCCGAAAUAUCUGAACAACGUCCACGGAUUCGACAUUUCUUCCGCCGGAAUCAUCGGAGCCCUGCCCUACAUCUGCAUGUUUCUUUGCAUCAUCGCUCAGGGCAAUCUGUCUGACAGACUUCUUGAAAAGAAAAUGCUCUCUAGAACUGCUGUUCGACGAAUUUUCAAUUCUAUCGGGACGAUUUUGCCAGCGAUAGUGCUGCCAUUUAUAACCGUUUUGAGAUGCAACAAGGAUGGAGUUGUGGCGCUUAUUUGCUUGUCAGUUGGACUCUGUGGCUUCGUCUUCUCGGGGUACAAUACUCCUAAUCAUGCGGAUCUGUCGCCAAGGUUUUCCGGUGCGACUUUUGGGAUAACCAAUACUUUGGGAACCAUUCCAGGCUUUCUAGCGCCGCAAGUGGUCUUGAUGAUAACCGGUGAUAAUUCUACUUCUGUCGAUGCUUGGUCCCCUGUUUGGUAUAUUUCGAUGGCGAUCAAUCUUUUUGGCGCUAUUUGCUACAUGCUCACUGCUUCUGGGAAUCUGCAGCCUUGGGAUUCGGGAGCGAUGCUUUUGAAAGACCAGUGGAAAUUCGAAAAAGCGCAGUUUUGCUUCAGAACAGAAGAAGAUCGAGAAGAAAUUCUUGAAAAUCCAAAUUUUGUUGAAUAA